AUGAAGACUUAUGUUUAUAAAGGUUUACCAGUUCCAGAUGCAAUAAUCUCAGAAGCAGUAAAAAAUAGAUUAAAUCAAAUAGAUUGUGUUACAUACGGCUGGAUACUUUAUGGUUAUCCCCGGACACGUCAACAAGCUGAACUUUUGUCAUCCAAUCAACUAGCACCGAACAGAGUUAUUUUAUUUGAUAUACAUCAGUCAUGUGCAUCAGAAAGACUUUCUGGACGCAGAGUUGAUUCCGUGACUGGUACACGUUUUCAUACAUUAUUUGAACCAGUAGAGGAUGCAGCAAUUAAUCAACGGGCUUUACAACAUCCUAAAGAUCGAGAGUGUACUAUAGGCGCGAAAUUGGCUAGAUUUACUGCUCAUCGUGAUGACCUUAUUGAUUACUAUGACUCAAGUGUUAUUCGGGUGCAUGCAGAUCGAGAUGUGCAUACUGUAUUCGAGGAGAUUGAAGCUGCCAUUGAUCAAAUUGAAAUUCAGAUUAGGAAACCUGACCCAGCCCUUGUUAAAUAUGCUCGAAUACAUCAUUUAUAUGAAAUUUUCGAGGCGUUGUUAUGCGGUCUUAGUGUCAUGUUACCAGAGAAUCCACACAGCUACAUCAAUUUAAACUGGGACACAUUUAUUGAUCCAGAUAUGAAACCUUCUCAUCCAUAUGUUGAUCAUGAAUUAAUGAACUCACUGUUUGGAACUGAAAAAUUAGAAUUCAUUUCACCUGAAGAACUGCAAUACCAACCAACACCAGAAAUGAUAGGAAAAGCUUAUGCUGCUCAUAAACAAUCAAUAUUAAAGAAAUGUCUCAGCGCCUGGAAAUUGUUUUUUAUUAUUAAACGAGCUCGAACAACUUAUAUGUACAAAAUAAACUACAUCGCAGAAAGAAGCUGGAAGAUAAGGAGGCUAAAAAUUAUAUUUCGUGCUUGGCAAGAUUAUACACACUUUAUGAAAAAUAAACAAAAUAUGGCACAAUCUUUAAUAGCUCAUAUUAAAGAAUCCACUAUGGCCAUGUUAUACUUUAAGGCAUGGCGUAAAACUGUAGCUGAGGCACGAAAAACAAGGGAUUACUUUUCGAAAAUGCUUACUAACAGUCAAGAUCUUGGAGAGAAAUCAGAUUCUGAAUCUGAAGAUCAAUUUCUCAGUUUAGGUGGUAAACUGAGUGAUUCAGAAAAUUAUCGUGAUCGACUAGCUGAAAUGCCUCACACAGUACAGUAUAAGAUUUUCGAAUAUUUGACGCCCAUAGACUUAGUCCGAGCUGCUUGUGUUUCUCGUUAUUGGAUGUCUAUGGUGAAUGAUAUGGAUAGACGAAAUCGACUUGAUCUAUCCUGUUUCCGUGAAAGACUAACAGAUGAAAUUUUGAUUAAACUAACACGAAAACGCCGAGCGUAUUUACGACAUAUAAAUUUACGUGGUACACAUUUACCAUCUAUGAAUUCAUUCCGUGGUUUAGUUAGCUGUGCUAAUUUACAAGAUAUCAAUUUAACUAAAUGCACUGGGAUUACAAAUGACGCAGUCCGUUUGAUCUCUAAAGAAUGUAGUUUACUUCUUUACCUAAAUCUAUCAUAUACUGAAGUAACUGAUGACGCUGUUCGUCAUUUAGCAACAAAUACAAAGAUGUUACAGUAUCUGAGUUUGGCGUAUUGUACACGAUUGACAGAAGUGUGUUCUACUUAUUUUAAUCAACUGGAAUGUUUCAAGUCAUUGAAAUAUUUGGAUUUAUCUGGUUGUAUUCAGCUGGGUUCACCGGGUUUACAGACAAUCAUAAAAAGUGUGAAACAUGUGGAGAAUUGGCUACUGAAUGAUAUCCCAUGGAUUUCAGAUAGUGAUCUUAUAGUGUUAGGAUCCAACUGUCCAACAAUACAAACAAUAGAAAUGGUUAACAAUCAAAGUGUAAUAAUAUCAGAUGUAAAAGUUGUGCCAAAAUUAUAUAACCAUCCAGAAAAAUCAGCUCCUGUCAGUGCGAUUGCAACAUCAAAGAAUAAACAAAGCCGACCAAUUACAUGCACAGGAUUAAUCUCAGAAUCUUACGAAAUACCUCAGACAAAUUCAACAAUGUACUCUGGAGGACUUAUAACAGAUCAAGGCUUAGAAUCAAUAUGUAGUAAACAUUUGAAGCGCUUCAUGAUUUCUAAUCAAAAUCUAUGCGAUGGAUCCGGGCUUCAUGUUCUCGGGUCAGCUGAUAUUUCAUCAAGACGACAAUCUAGCUGUAAAAGUAAUCGUACAUCCAGCCGCAGCUCCAAACUGUUUGAAAAUGGAAGUGCUAACUUACAGAGACUAUCAGUGAUAGACUGUCCAAAAAUGUCUGAUUUCCUACUUCAGUAUUUGGCACUUCUGAAGCAUUUAACAAUUUUAAAUCUAACCGGUUGUGAAAAUCUUACAGAUUAUGGUAUUAAGUUACUAGCUGAUGGAGAAUAUGCAGGCUGUUUACGCGAACUUUAUUUAACACGUUGUAUUAAGCUAACUGAUAAGGCUAUUCAUUCAAUGAGUGGACGCCUGUCUAAUUUAGCUUAUCUGAGUUUGGCAUCAUGUCCAUUAAUCACUGAUGCAGCUUUUGAAUUACUGAGUCAAUUUCAACAAUUAUGGCAAAUAAAUUUAAAUUCAACCAAGAUUGGUGAUCGAGGGUUAUCUGCACUUGGUUCAUUGCCAAAACUACGUGAACUCAAAGUCUCCAAGUGUACUGUGAUCACAGAUUUAGGCUUACAAAAAUUUGCCCACCUGGGAAUCAAUUUGGAAUACAUUGACUUAUCAUUUUGUCAUAAUCUGACAAAUAAUGGAAUUAAGACAUUGGCCUUCUGUUGUCGAUAUCUUGUCAGUCUUAGCUUGGCUGGAUGUAUUCAGUUAACAGAUAUUGCUAUACAGUAUGUAUCAGGAGUAUGUCACUAUUUGAGAUUUCUUGAUCUUUGUGGAUGUGAACUAAUCACAGAAACCUCUCUUACUCACCUUAGAAAAGGUUGCAAGAAGCUGAAACAUCUCCGAAUUUUAUACUGCAAGUCAAUUACGAAACACAAAAUGGUUCGUUUAACAACUGGACGAGUUGAGAAAGUUGAAUAUUCAACAGAUAGUCCACCAGACGAUUUUCUUCCGAGUCCAACAAAAGAAAAUGCAUGA